AUGGCUCAACCAACUCGAAGCUUGUUGGAGAUCAGCGGAAGCUUGGUUCCACAGAACAGUUUGAAGCUGUUCUUGAACGCGGCCCGAAGCUGCCCUAACUUAGUUGCCCUUACUCAUGGCAACGAUCAUUGCGGAUAUCGUGGAACAGAACGAACGUGGCCAAAACACAUCGAGCAGUUAAUUUGUCAGAUCGUGGGAUAG